GCCCGAGGAGAAAAGGGAAAAGCGCCAGAGCGCUGAAAAGAAGGAGCGCCUGGGCCGUGGGGGCAGGCUCACGGAGAAGCGCGCGCCGAAGGAGGUGCAGAAAGCCAAAGGACGUGACAUGGCUUCGCAUGGAACUUUCUCCCGGCCGCGCACUGUGAAAGUGAGCAACAUCCCAGAGGGACUCGAAUGGCGCUACAUCAAGGAGCUCUUCGAAAGUGCCGCUGGCAAGGUCAUCGAGGGCCAGUUUGAGGAGGACGACGGUGUGGCGUGGCUCACCUUCGAGAAGCCCGAUGCGGCUUCUACCGCACACUUCGACUUCGAUGGCGGGGAGUUGGCGGAUCAAGUCAUCAAG